AUGAACCAGGGCCUCGGAUUUCUCUUCAUGGCAAAGACCCUCCCGCCCCCUCAGAAAUAUUUUCGGGGGACCACAAAUCACGGGAACGCAGCCAGCCUCCACUCUGCGACCUAUCUCCCGCCCCGCCCCUCUCCUCUCCUAUUCAAGGACGACAAGGGCAAGAAGCCCAAACCCUUCGCCCCGCCGCCUCCCCCUCCUCCUCCUCAUCUCCGCCGUCUGCAUCCUCGCAGCGUAGGCGGGAUCGCAUUUGUUGCCGUUGUCCUCCGCCGCCCCCGCAGGACCGUCGCAGUCUUUCGCUGCGGGCGGGCCGAGGACACCCUUGGGACCCUCGGCACGAUGUCCCUAUCUGGCGACAAAGAUGGUGUCGUCGCGCGGCCCAAGCUUCUUGAAUUCGUCGGGGUCAGACCGGCUUCUCCUCGCCGAUCGCCGAGCCGCGCUCCGGAGUACCUGGUUUCCUUCCCUUCCGGAGGGCUUGGGAAGGUUUGUGCAACCCCAUGGAGAGGAUGAAAGAGCUUCACAGUAUCAGCAUGUGCUCAAAGAGUCCAACAUUGCCACCAGAAGAAGAAAAGUAGUUUGAGAUCUAUAAAAUUAAUCAUCAAUUGAAGAGAGACUCUUUCCUGUACAGAAGCCAAGUGCUCAUUUCUUAAAGAAGCUGUGUUUCGGUUCAUAUCCUCAUUAUAUUCUUUUAUCCAUUUUUAUUGUUCAUGACAUGCUAAUCAAUUUUCAGAAUCAUCUCCAUAUUAUUAUUA